ACACUACAUCUAUAAACAAAACAUGGCAUCGUUUCUGGUUAUAAGUCCAAAAAUGGUUUUGGUACUCAUGUUAUUACUCCACAACGCUUAUUCAUUCAUGGAUAUGGAGGAGCUAAAGUCUGUUUACUACGGCUUAGAUAUAUUAAGCGAGCCUAUUGUCGUUAAUACGUAUGCUCCAUUAGGCUCUGUUUAUGUCACAUCAAAGUAUGGCCAACAGUACCAGUGUAGCUUUCCUGACCACAGCACUAUAGAUAAACAGAAAGAAGAGGAAGAAAAGAUAGCAAUAGAAACUGGCAUCAUCGAAAUGCUGAAACCCAUGGGUCUGAAGGAUUGUCUUUUUAAAACCAAAGAUUGGUGGAGCUAUGAGUUUUGCUAUGGCAAAUAUAUUCGACAGUUUCAUAUGGAAGAUGGUGAGAUCAAGGGGAACAUCAUUUACUUGGGUUAUUAUGAAAGUGACUUUGACUGGAACAAUGAAACUGCGAGGGAAGAUCGCCUGAAGAGUAAAGUCAACAUGAACAAGUACCAUUCACAGGUGUACACCCUGGGUACCAAGUGUGAUUUAACCAAUCAGAUGCGCAGAGCUGAAGUGCGGUUUCUGUGUGAAGAGAACUCAGAGGAUUACCUGUACAGGAUUGAUGAGUCUGAAACCUGUGUCUACACUGUCAUUGUCAUGACAUCAAAGAUAUGUCGUCAUCCUUAUCUGAAGGCUCCGGUCAAAAGACAACCUGUGCCCAUCACCUGCAACCCUCUCCUGACACAAAGUCAGUACCAAGAGUUUCUUGCAGACAAAGAAGAAGAACAAAGAAAAAUCAACGAGAAGGCUUUGGAACUCCAACGGGCACGUGAAAGUAAAGCCAAGGUUCCAUCUCUCAGCAGGGAGCAACAACUUCAGGAGACAUUAGAGAAAGAAAUGUCUGAUGCAGCCAAACAGCUAUUGACUCAGUCCUCUGAUGAGCUAUUCAUCCCAAGUAAUGCAAAAUUGAUGAGCAAGGAAGCAUUUCAAGAUCUGUUUGGGUAUGAUGAAGACAUGUGGGAGUUAUACUUAAAAGGGACAGCACUUGCCCAUAGGCAACAUAAUUUGAGAAUACACAAGGAAAUAAAACAACAACAGAAUGCUGAUGCUGGAAUAGAUAAAGAAGCUGAUGACACUAAUGAUGAAGAUGAAGAAAUACUUUCUAAGUUUGAUGAGGAAAUCAAAGAAAUAAAGAAGAAAUUUGAGCUAUCCCGGAGCAAACUAGCAAGCCUCAAGAAAAAGAUAACUCAAGAUAAGAAUUGGGAGUCGGAGAUAGAGAGUGCUAUAAAAGAAGCUGAGGGAGAGCUGGGUGUUAAAGUUGAUAGAAGCCUGAUCUCUGGACUGUCCAAUACUUUAGAUAAGCUCUUCAACAAGCUACAGGACACAGAAGCUGAGUUAUCUGACAUGAAUAAAGAGAUUGGGAAACUGCAGCCUAGUUCCACAUCGACUGAACAAGAAGCUGAUGGAGAGAAAGAAGAGGAGGAGAAGAAUGAAAGUCAUGAGAAGAUUGUGAACAAAUCACAACUUGAUGAGCCAGUGUCUGAAGAAGAUAAACUUGAAGAACCAGAUAAUAAAGUGGAAGGCAGCAGCAGUGAUGUUGAGACACUUGAGGAUGAUGCAGACGGCACAUCCAGUGGUCUUGAUGACAAAGUUUUGGCCCCUCCUAAAACUCUUUCUAAAAAUUUUGGGACCAGAGACUCAAACAGAUUACAAUCUAACCCACCAGGCGUAGAAGGGAAACCUCCCAAUGAGGCUGAGGUUAAAGCUCCUGGUACUGAGAGCAGCACUGAUGCCUUGCAGAAAGGGGACAAAGAUGAUGAAGUUAAUCUUCCCCAGAAUGUCAAGAAGGUUUUGGAAGAUAACCUGAUGAAAGAAUAUCAGAGAUAUUCACUGGAACAAGAUAGCACCAAGCCUCUCAAGUAUCAUACGGAUCACUCCUUCGCUAAAAAUAAAAUGUACCAUGUCAUUCAGCAAGAGGAUGAAGAUGGUAAAACAAAUCGUUUCAUAUUCGUCUUUGGUUUGAACAAUUUUAAUGAAGAGUUGUCUGAACAAGAGCGGCAGUCCUCUUUAGAAGAAAACUAUAGCUAUGUAUACAAAGAAAAGAAAAACAAACAUUCAAAAAAUCCGCAAAGUUGAUCAGAACCUUUUUUUCCUUCUGUUUUUAUUUAUUAAUUGAUCAAUGAUAUUCUUCAUUUCAUCUCUGGUAUUUUAAAUGUGUAAUGUUGUUAAUAUUUUCAUCGGUCCAAGUCCAAUUCUGUGAUUUUUUUGUCCAAUUUUGUUGAAUGUGGGGGAAUAUCCAUGUCCUUAGAGUCAGAAAAAUUUCAAAGUAGAACAUUGCAGUAUUAGGGUUAUAAUUUAAUAUUCUGUCACAUAUAUAAAUUUGUAAUCAAUCUUUCCUGUAGUUAGCUUAAAAACACAAACUAUACCUUGACAUCAUGUAGUUCUUCUAAUUUUAAAAUGACUAAACUAAAUAUAUUCCUUUUCUAAAGUUUUUAUGUGUGGAUGUAGUGUUGUCUGACUCCCUAGUUGACAAUAUUUUGGUCUGCACUGAGAGUAAACAAAAACAAAAUCUGAGACUUGGAAAUUGCUGAAUAUUAUUCAUAUUCUCGUAAGUCAAUUUCUUACAAACAUUUCAAAAUAAUAGAAUCACUAUAUGGACCUUGCUGUUGGGAAAUCUUACAAAAUUAUGUAUAUAUCUUAACUACUUUAUGUUAAUUUAUGUUGUACAAGUGUUACUUUAUUUUUAUUAUAUUUUUUUUAAUUUGUGUUUUCUACUAAAGGAGGAAGGUAAUAGUUUUUGGGGUGAUUUUUUUCAAAUUAAAUUUAAUUUUAUCAUUUGCUUUGUUAGGCUGCUAAGACUAUUUUUAUUUUUAUGCUACUUGGAGAAAUUUUCUUUCUUCACAAGUGGUGGGAAUCCAGCAAUACAUCAAAGGAUUAUGUUUUUUUAAGUUAUUUCUUACAUUGUUACAUCUAGAUCAAGCAGUUUUUGUCGUUUUUUUUUAACAGAGGCCAUGGAUCUGUAAUGAAAAAGUGUUUGAGCUUUUUGCGACAAUUUUCAAAUACAAAAAUCUAAAUCAAAAUAUGUUCCUAAUUAUCGAAAAUGGGCAACUGAUAAUGUAAUCCUUGUCCAAUAUAUGUGUGUAUAUAUAUAUAUAUAUAGAGAGAGAGGUUAAAGGUUUAAAGACAUAUUGGAUUUAGCUUCUGUACAAAUUUAUUGAUCAAAAUUUAUGUGUGUCUGUUGCCACCUGUUCAAUGCUUGAAAUUUUUCUUUGUUAUCUAGUCAUGGUAAAAAAAAAAAAAGAAGAGCUGGAUAUAUAGGCCUAUUCUUCUGAAAAAGAAAUACACUUCCUUCCACUAUGUUCAUCUCUCUGCCACUAGACUAUGUAUCUCGUUUCCGUGGCUUUUCUUCUUGUAUCAUAUGAGGUGUAAAUCUCAAUUAAGUUAAUUAAAAAAAAUGUGUUUAAAUUGAUGAAGUAUAAUAUUAAAUAGUUAUCUACCUUGUAUUUCAUAUUGGUCUUUCAAAUUAAAAAAAAAAAAAAAGAAUAUCUGCAGCUCCAUCUUCCAAAGCACAAGGCAAGUUACGACUUAAAAUAACUGCUUAUUAAAAAUUUAAAAUCAAAUUAAUUCAUAGCUUUUAUGUAGCGCUACUUUCAUGCUUGUUGCAAUGCUCAGACCGCUAUGGUCCAAUCUCAUUUGUGGACCAGUGUGGGGGGAGUGGGUAUCAGGGAGAACAUUUUCCGUGCUGCCUUUAGGGGCUCAGUAAACACAACUCUGCUCCAGUUGGGUGUUGAACCUAGAGCCCCCCUUCUUAGGUAGCCAAGCCAAGUUCAUGUGUACUUAGCCUCUCGACCAGGCGUCCCACACUUGUUCAGAGAUUUUAUAGUGCCCUUCCAAACUUUCCUUUUAAUAAUUUGUUCAUUUUUGUUCUUUUUUUGUGUUGUUUUUUUUUUAAUUUAAAAUGUAGAUCUUUUAUUAGAUUUGUUUGUUUCUUUAGAAGUUUUUGUUACUGUGACUACUGACUGACCUAUGUUUGUAUAAUUUGUUUCUUUGAACUUGUUUUGCCUUCUGUAUGUAUUGGUUUAUAGUUAAAACAUUUUUGUUAAUGAUGCCAUUGAAAGGCUAAGCACAGGUUGUGCUCAUCAGUAUAGUGUAUAGCCAAUGGGACAUACUGAUCAUAACCGAGAUUUGGCACCUAAUUUCAAUGAUGUAAUUAUAAAAACUUGAACAAGGUUAACAAUAACAGUCAGGGUACAUGUUACCUGUACUUUGGAGUUUACCUUGCCUCUGAAUGAGAUCUAUAAUAUUACUGCAAUCAUAUUUCUUACAUCAGCACACAUAUUUCAUGUGAUACUAUAAAAAAUGUGUCUCAAUUUAUUAAUGGGACAUUACUUUUAGCCUGUGACACUUAAUAGCCUCCCCUUAUGUUAAAAACAGUUUCUUCUCUAUUUAUUCCAGUUGCUUAGGUUACGAAGUUGUGUUUAGGUUUUCAUUGUUCAAAUCAGUUGCAAGACAUUUGGCUUGGAUUGUCAAUUUUAGUUCAAAUCAAUGCCUUUACUGAGAUCUGAGUUUACUGCCCUCUUGACUCAGGCUAGUUGAAAUUGGACUUAGACAUCAAAGAUUUUUAUUUGUAGUAAUCACUAUUUUUAUUUAUUUUUUUUUUAAAUUGGAUUUUUUUAUUUUUGUUUAUAGAUUGUCAUUGUUAGGAGUGUAUUAAUGCUGACAAGAUGAGCAUUGAAUCCGUUUACUCUGUGAUAAUUUAAUGCACUUCAGAUUGAAAUAAUGGAGUGAGAAAAUUCUUGAAGUAAUUUUAAAUUAAGGUUUAAGCUAAUGUAUUAAAAGUAUACCAGUACAAUAGAUGAUCAUAUCUAGCUUGAACAGUUUGCUUUGGUUUUGCUUUGGUUCUUAACUCUUUCUCUCCUGACUGACGAUACCAGCGUUGAUUCCACCAGAAUGUGGUAAAUAAUUACGGAGAGAAAGAGUUAAAUGGUAACUUUGUACAUUCCUUGAUAGUAUGAAGUUUCCAUAUUCUUGAUUGGUUUUCAUGUAACCCUAAAGUGUACCUUUCUUCAAAGUUGCUAAUCAUAAAGAUAGCAAAAUUUAAUCAUUAACUCUUUUCUCUCUGUAAUUAUUUUUCCAUGUUUCAAGGGAAUUCCACAUUUUGCUCAUUACUAUUUCACUCCCCUGUUAGGAUUAAGCUUCAAUAACUUUGUUGUUUGUGAUCAGAAAAUGUUUUAUUUGGUACAGAAUUCAAGGGGAAUGCAUGCUCUUUUUAUAGAACAGUUUAUAAAACUAAAAAUUAGUGUAGAUUUAUAAGGUCAAAUCAAUUAGGAGAGAAAGAGUUAAUCUAGUGCUGCUGAGAGAGGUUCUGAAUGUACAGAUGAUUGUUGUACUUCUAUGUUGUAUUUCUUAUGUAUUUACCUUUUAAUAUCUAUUUGCAAUCUACUGUUAAAGUAUUAAGUUUGCCUCAGCUAAUUCAUUAAAAAUGUUUUGAUUUUC